CUGGUUGUUCGACAGUGUUUUGAUUACUGCAGAGUGCAGACGGCAGACGGUGAAGUUUUAUUUCUUUGAAUUGUGUCAUGUGUGUAGGCUAUACGAAAUCUAUGAAAAAAUAUUCGUUGGUAUGAUAAGAUUUAAGUUUGUGCGUUAAGAUUUUUUAAUGUCUAUCGUUACAUUUCGUAUGUAUUGUAUGUCUUUGUAAGUGUCAUCAAUAAUUGUGAACAAUUUUUGUGCGUUAGAAGGUGUAAAACAUGAAUUUAUAGUAGAUUAGGCUAGGCCUAGUUUUAAAAACCUUAAAAUCGACUGGAUCAAUUUUUUUAUGUGAACAUAUUCUUGUGGAUAUGGAUUAAUUCCGUGUACCAGCGUAUACUUGUGUUGUUGUGUAUCCAGGGGAUAUUACUUAUGUGUGUUUUCAAUAGCAGUCUUAAAUAACUUGAUGUUGAAACACAAUGGGAAGGUUUUUCAUUUGUUUGUGCCUCCAGCGGAUACUCCUUCCAAUAUCGUUGGUCCUUGGAUGUGUGUUGAGGCAGAAUGGCCUUUCAUUUAUCUACCUCCUGUUGCUGCUGUACAACCCAAUAGUUCCAGUUGCCACUGUCACUACUAUCACAGGUCAUGCCGGUCGUUACCUGAAAGCAGUGAUAUUCUUCACGGUGGUGAAUGCCGUAGCACAGUUCGCCUUCCAGAUAGUACUUCUGUCGUACCCGCCUUAUGGCAGCAUUGUCUCUCCAAACUGUGGACAGAUGGAAAGGUGGUUCCGGUACGGCGGUCUGGUACGGUUGGACAUGAUAGACCCGUUGGAUGCCGUACGUAUCCUGGCACCAGAGGUGGUGAUGCUGGCAGUCUCCAUCCUGGUGCUGGUGGUCUGCCGAGCCCUCAACCACCGGCGUUCAGACGACGACCAAUUGCUACCUGUCAUCAGCUCUCCAACAUCUGAUGCUGAACAGAUCACCCAGCGCCGCAAGUACUCCAUGCUCACCAUCUUGGGAAAAUAUAUCGUGUUGGCAUCCCUGUGCCUGGCUGGGAUACUGCGGCCGUCAGUACUCAGUGGAGUCUACUUCCUGGUGUUCCUGGGCACCAUGACGUCCUGGGCUCUCAACAGGGACCUGGCCAAGGGGUUUGCUGUGCUCUGCCGUCUGCUGUUACUGCCAGUCACUGCCCACAUCAUCACCAUUUACCUGUACCAGAUGCAGUGGUUCCAGGAGCUGUUACCCAGGAAUGCUCCGAUCGCCAGGUAUCUGGGACUGACAGCCCUGCAGACCACAAACUGUCAUGAUCCUCGUUCUGGUCACAUCUCAGACGAGGAAUGGGCCUCAUUCGUCUCUCCUCUGGCUCUGGUCUGGCUGUACUUCAUGCUGUGGUAUGAGUCCAACAUGCUCAUCAAUGCUCCUGUUAGUGCUGGUGACGACGGGAUGGCCCGUCAGCUGUCUGCGCGCCUCUCGCAGCGCAGACUUCUGCGUAACCAGACUAGCCGUUGGCGUUCCGCUACACGUAAAGUCAGAGUAAAUCAGUCUGCCAAUAGCUCGGUCAUUUUUACUGAAACUACCCCACUGAUCCGUGGAAGAGAGUCUGUGUAUCGGAAACACUCAAGUCGAGCACGAAGUUUGUUUCAAGACUCGUUGGGAAGUGUCACAAUAGCCGAUGUUGCGGAAGAGAACAUUAAACUGGAAAAUGUACCUGAAGAAGGAGCAGAUGGGGGAGAGUUGGAGGACGAUAACCAGCCAGGACUUUUGGAGAUCCUGUUGAACGGCUUUAUCGCCAUCACUCAGCUCAUUGCCCAGUCCUCUUACAUCGGGACAAACAUCAUAAUGAUGGCAUGGAGCAUCACGUACCACAGCUGGCUCACGUUUGUUCUGCUGUUGUGGGCCAUGUUCAUGUGGAUGUUGCCCAACCAGCGAAAGACUAUGCUGCGCACUUCCCCGUUUCUCGUACUGUACGCAGAGUUCCUCCUCUUGGCGCAGUACCUCUAUGGUAUGAAUUUCACUGAUGAGGAACUACCGCAGCAGAUACAAGGACUUAACCUUCGUCAGAUCGGCUUUGAAAAAUAUCUUCAACUCCCGGUCAAACCACUUCUCAUCAAGACCUUGUACACACUGAUGUUCUGGAUCACUUUGCGCCAACACAACCAGGAACGGUGGGAGGCUCGCAACUCGUCUACCAUUGCUGACAUGGUGGCACCCCUGCAGAUUGGGGUGGGUGCUGCCACCACAGCAAUGGGAGGUGAAUCUCAAACCAAGACCAACCAGUUUGUGCAAAAGACAGGCUUGGUGGUUCGGGGGUUUCUGACCAAGUAUUGGAUCUGGGUGGUGGCCAGCAUACUGUUUGCUAUCGGCAUCUCUGGUCAGCGCAUGACAGUCUUCCGCAUCAUUUACAUGGCUCUUGCUCUCGUCUUCAUUCUUACAUUUCAGUUGUCAUGGGUUGUUUGGCGCAAAAUCAUGUAUAGCUUCUGGUUAACUGUCAUCAUAUACUCCAUGCUGAUCUUGAUUAUGAUGUACACAUACCAGUUCGACAACUUCCCACAGUACUGGGUAAAACUAGGGAUCCCUGCCGCAUUGCAACUGGACAUUGGGUUGGAGAAGUUCGACACAACUGAGCUGUUUGUCCGUCUGUUGACGCCCACGUUCUUUGUCGUAAUCACAGUCAUCCAGUUGUACUACUUCCAUAAAGACUUCUUGGCCAUCUCCGAUAUCAAAAGCAGGGGCACCAGUUCAGUGAGGCCCUCGGACAGACCGUCUGACGGCAGCUCCAUCCCCAAGUCUGAAAUGUCCAUCCCCAUGUCUCCCACAGACACAAGAAUGACUGAGCCAGACACUCCUUCCAAGGAUACAAGGAAGUCCUUCCACAUACUCACCAACCUGACACAGGUGAAGCUGCACUUUGUGGGCACCCAGCUGCUGGAUGGCCUCAUACAGCUGAUUGAGCUGGUCUGGCUUUACCUAGAGCUGCAUAUGCUCAAGAUCAUCAUGUUCUCAGCUAUGCUUCUCGCAGUCUAUGAUGUGUGCGUUCUACACUUUGUGUUUGUCAUCUUGGCUGUGAUAUCCCUCCUGUUCGGUAGCAACAUACAGAACAUUGUGGCUCACAUCAUCUCGGUGCUAGUGUCUGUGCUGCUGCUGUCCAAGAUGAUCUACCAGAUAGAGUACAUCAAGCACGACACCUGGGCUGUCAACUGCACAGAAACAAAUACAACAUACAACACUGCAGAAUGGAUAGGUUUCCAUAAAACGGAUUUUGAAACAAGUCUUCCAAAUCUACUCCAUGGCUAUAUUGCUCUCAUCAUGGUGCUGACUCUACACGCUGUGGUGACAACUCGGCAAAAGUACCAGCGCCAUCUCCGGGGCCGACCUCUCUCACGCCCAGUCGUCAUGUUCCCUAGGGUCACCUACAAGGAGGUGGACAAGGAUGUCCAGCACUGUGUCAAGUACUUGCUCAACUUUGGCUUCUACCGGUUUGGUGUCGAGAUAUGCCUGAUGGCUGUCGUAAUGUUGAUUGGCACACGAAUGGAUCUGUACGCAAUGUUCUACGCUUUGUGGCUCUGCCUGCUUAUUACACCUCGGCGACAAUUGCUCUCUAAAAUAUGGACAGUGUUUAAAAUAUUUAUUGUAUUCACCAUACCUCUACAGUACGCUUUCGUUGUAGGUCAACCACCCGCUCUUUGUAUAGUUUACCCUUGGGACGAGACAGAAAUUUUACAAGGAAUACAAGAAUGGAUGUUCUUACCGGAUCCUAUACAUCCUCCACCAGCCUACAAGCUGAUGUGUGACUUUGUGGUGCUGUUACUGGUGUGUCGUCAAGCUCUGGUGUUCCGGAUAGAGCAGCGUCACGAUGGCCACGAGUACGCAGGAGGCACCAACAAACGCAUAAUUGACGAUGUAGAAAGGUCUGGCUUCAUAAAUCCUGUCCCCGACUUUAUAUCACAUGCCAGAUCAUGGUUGGAUAUAAUCAAAAGGAUGAUUUUGUCCGCUUUCAUCUGGUUCACUCUAGCGAUCGUAUUCUUGGCUGGUACCAACCGUGUGAAUAUCUUCUCCUUGGGCUAUUUGAUUGGUGCCUUCAUUUUCCUCUGGCAAGGCAACGACCUUUAUCUCAGACCGGUCAAGGUUAUACUACGAUGGUGGAGUUUCUUGAUCAGAUACAGUGUGACAGUGAUACUGAUCAAGGCCAUGCUGCAAAUCCUCGGCUGCAUCUUCCUGCGUGAAAUGCAGGACCAUGCAUGCUGGGCUGUCCAACUGUUUGGUAUUGCCUGUAUCAAAAAGUUUGGCAGCAUUCAAAAUUCACUAGAUCCAAACGAGUGCACUGUGCCGGCUUCAGACGUGGGGCUUGCCUGGGACGGCUUUUGUUUCGGCUUCUUGAUUCUUCAGAGAAGACUUUUCAACAGCUAUUACUUCUUGCACAUUGUGGAUGAAGCUAAAGCCAUGGCCAUAUUAGCUUCACGAGGUGCAGAAUUAAUCGAAGAACUGAGCCACAAACAGAUCCAAGAACAGCUUGAAGCGGAACGCAAGAUCUUGGAAAAGAUUAAGUAUAAAAUGGACAGGAUCAAAGCAUCACAGCAGAAAGUACAGGGGCCAAGCUACAAGGAGCCGAGCAGCCAUUUUACAGGUGAAACCACUGCUCCUCUCGCUCAAGACUCUUCUCCUGAGAUCUCGUCCCCUGUGUCACCGCAGGGGUUUCACACCCCUGUAGAGGAUGAGCCCCCCGCCACCCCACGAGCCGGCUCGUUGCUGCAGGCUCCCACCCCCACCUCUGCCAUCGCGACUGCCUCCGGCCUCGAGGGUUACCUGGAACCUCAACGGAUGUCGUUUGGUUCUCCACCCAUGUCUGAACUGCUCCCGCGCAUCCCCUCAAUGGAUGACUCAUUCCCUGUGUUCUCGCCACCACCCUACGGAGCCGUGGUCAGCCGGCGGUCUGGUCCGCCUUGGCUGCCUCUCUACUCCACACCUCGCCACUCCAUUGUCUCACCCUCUACGCCUCGAUCUCACCACACAUGUAGCGUAACCAUAUCUUGUAGCUUCUGUUCUCCACCAUCAGCUUCUCUAUACCAUCGGAUAUUGGGAGGAUCUGAAGGUCCUGUCGUUCUUCGCAGGAGGAGACCUGCGGACUCAAGAGCCGCUAUUCGCUCAGGGGACUACUACAUGUUCGAGGAUCUGGAUGAGGAACUGGACCUCAUAACAGAGCAGGAGAGUGAGGAGACCUCAUUGGACAGUGAUGAGGAUGAAGCAGCCCAGCGAGGUCGUGGCAUGACCGUCAGCAAGUUCCUCAGCUCUGCCAUGAAGACGGACAUAGGCGCAGCAGCCGACAUGGCCCUGGAACGCACUUCACCGCGGCCACGUUCCGUGUCCCGUCUCGACGGAGACGAUACGUCACUGCUGCACCGUGCGACGGAUGAUGAGCACUCCACCUGGCGCAGUUGCAGCUCCCUGCAUGUCACCCAGGGGGAGUCACAGCCUGGUCCAAGUACGUCCGGUCAAACUGCAGAACACAAAAGCCCAGCUGAACAUAAAUCAAGUGAAGAUGAGAAAACUGAAGAUGAAUCUUUAAUGACCAAAAUUAUGACUUUCCUCAAGUUUCUGUACGCCUUCAUUAACAGCGUUAUGGUGACCAUGACACGUUACCUGAACAAACUCUCCCGAGACUACCGAUACGUCAUGCGCACGCUGGCAAUCGAGAAGAAAUUACUCAAGGAGAAACAAGGGUUCGGUCAAGGUCUCAGGACGGGUUCAUCGAUGAUUUGGCAACCACUUCCGUACUCGGUUACUUCGAAACCGAAAUCAAGGUUGAAGGCUGCAGCUGUUCCCAUCAUUCGUAUCCUAGCCCCUAGUUUAGAGCGAGGCCUAGACUCGGACUGCAGUCCACUACAGAUCGAGGAGAUGGAGCAGGACCGGGAGUUGAGCGCAGCCGACCAGCCGCCCAUCAUUCGUCUUGCACUCGCUCUGUGGUAUGCUGUCAUCUCGCACUCUGAGUUAGUCUGCUACUUCAUGGUGUUUAUUCACCAAAUGAAGUCUGCCACUCUGCUCUCGUUGCCACUGCCACUCAUGGUGUUCCUGUGGGGAACUCUCACUGUCCCUCGACCAUCAAAGCUGUUUUGGGUCACCAUCAUCGCCUACACUGAGGUGAUUGUUGUCAUCAAGAGCAUGUUCCAGUUUGAGUUGCUGCCGUGGAACCAACAGGCCGUGGCAGACCAUGUGCCGUUCUUCCCUCCAAGAAUAAUUGGGGUCGAGAGGAAACCUAAUUAUGCUGCCUACGAUCUUCUCCUCCUCCUCAUUGUUUUCUUCCAUAGGUCCAUGCUGAAGUCACUGGGUCUGUGGAAGACUGUGGAUGAUGUCGCAAAGAAGAUGCCUGAGAUGUCAUCGCCCGAAACAACCUACACAAGUGACACCAAGUCUGACACUCAGGUCAUCGUCAAGGAGGGGAGUAUUGGGAACUCUGUUGUUGUUGUCACUCAAACACCGGUAGACAACUGUGAAUACUUCCCGGGCAUCAUACCUUUGACGGCCACCAAGUACCUGAGUCCAGCCAAAGGAUUCUUCAUGACUCUGCUGGAACCCAGCGUGAGGGUGACCGCUGAUGUGUACGCUUACAUGUUCUUCUGUGAUUUCUUCAACUUUUUGGUGGUCAUAUUUGGAUUUGCUUCAUUUGGGUCACAACAAGGAGAUGGAGGCGUAUCCCAAUAUUUUGAAGAGAACAAAGUUCCAAUAGCAUUCCUUGUGAUGUUGAUCCUCCAGUUUACGCUUAUAAUUAUUGACCGAACUCUCUAUCUGCGGAAGUUCAUCCUGGGGAAAAUUGUCUUCCAGUUCGUUCUCGUUAUUGGUAUCCAUGCUUGGAUGUUCUUCGUUCUUCCAGCUGUCACAGAGAGACAGUUCAAUGCUGCUUUGCCACCUCAAAUGUGGUACCUGGUGAAGUGUUUCUACCUCUUGCUCUCUGCCUACCAGAUCCGCAGCGGUUACCCGACGCGCAUUCUGGGAAAUUUUCUUUGUAAAAGUUACAACUAUAUCAACAUGUUUCUUUUCAAAGUUUUCAUGGGAGUACCAUUUGUGUUUGAGCUGAGAGCUCUCAUGGACUGGAUAUGGACGGACACAUCCAUGACUCUCUCCGAUUGGCUGAAAAUGGAGGAUAUUUUUGCGCACAUUUUCCAGUUAAAGUGCCAGAGAAGAGCAGAAUCAGAGUAUCCGCAAGCGAGAGGGGAGAGGAAGAAUCCGCUGUCCAAGUAUCUGGUGGGGGGCAGCUGUCUGAUGGCCAUCAUCGGUGUGAUCUGGUUCCCACUGGUGCUGUUUGCUCUGGGCAAUACGGUUGGCCAACCUAACUUACCAUAUGAUGUCACAGUCAAUGUUCGCAUCGGUGCCUUCCAGCCCAUAUACUCUAUGUCAGCACAAAACAAUUCUAUUGCAAGGUUGGACGAAGGAAUGUGGACCACAAUGUCGCAGGUGUACAGGCGGUCUCGCAUAGCGCAGACAUUCCUCUCUAACUAUAACUACGAGGAUGUGGGUGUUGUCCAGCUCUCCCCACACUCCACUUCCACCUGGACCAUCUCCCCACCAGAUGAAGAGAACAUGAAGAAGGAGGCUAAAUCAAAAAACCCCAUAACAGUGAAGCUGGUGUGGACCGUCUCCCGACCGCCGAGCAGCCCCGAGCAGUCAGGGGUCACCAAGGACAGCCAAGAGACAACACUGGACGCUACUAACCGCCAGACUCUUAUACAGAUGCUGAACACGCCCAAUGUCAACACACCCAUCAUCAUACCUAACAUCAUGCCCAAAUUCAUCAAGGUCUCCAGCACUGGAACGGCCACUGCGAUAAAACAACUCAUGCAGAACACAGAUGCCAACCGAGAGAACAUCACGCCGUUCCGUAACAUUUCUAUGUGGCUGCGGUAUGACAACCUGACCAAUGUCUACUGGUGGCAGUUGCGUGAAGACUGCAAUGAUACAACGUACGAGAACGUUCUCAAAAAUCUGCCCUACGCCAUCUGCGACAAUCUCAUCAUUUACACGUUCAACGACAAGUCUUUCCCUGAGGGUCUGAAUAUCAUCAGUGGGAAAGGGAUCAUUGGACUGUACACAACAUUUGUAAUCGUUCUUCAUUCGUUCAUUAGAGGGUUCUUCACUGGUAUAUCUUUCAAGAUCAUGUUCGAUGAUAUGCCUAAUGUAGAUAGAGUACUUCAGUUGUGUCUGGAUAUAUACUUGGUUCGGGAGAGUGGUGAAUUGGACUUGGAAGAAGAUUUGUUUGCCAAACUUGUGUUCUUGUACCGAUCCCCAGAGACGUUGAUAAAGUGGACGAGACCUCCUGAAGAGAUUCCACCAGAGGAGGCGGAAGACAUGCCUCGACUCGUUCAGUAAAUGCUACAGCUUGUAGCCCAAGUAUAAACCAAAAAUUUAAACAAUAUAAGUGUACGACACUCUAAAUUUUGUAAUCCUCCCUAAGAUUUCAUCAUUAGGAAAUAAUUCUUCUCCUACCAGCCAUAAUUCAUAUGUUCUUGUUAUGUGAUUUUAAAAUUCAUCCAAAUUAAUUUAUGUGAAUUCAGUUUGUUCCAAAUGUCUCCUCUUAUUAGCUAUAACUAACAAGUCUAUAAACACUAGUCAUGUAGAAAGUGUGCAUGUAAUGAUAAUCGAUCAUCAGACGCACAAUUCCUCAAUCAAUAUUUACUAAUAAUGUAUGAUUUUUACUUUUAUACGUUGGAUUUAUAUCGUUAUCGCUAAUUCAUAUGCAUGCUAAAACCAACUGUAGCUUUAUGUCGUAAAUCUUUUUGUAUGAGUCGAUGUUCAAUUAGAUGUUCAGUAGCUGUAUGUAGAAAUAUAUUCGGAGCAGCCACAUUGAUGACCUUCUACGUUGAUUUACUUUGGAGUAAUUAAUUGCAAUGUUAUUGUUGUUUUACUGUACUUAUUUUAUAAUAUUUUUUAUACAUCUUUUACAGAGAGGUACUAUUUAUUUAUUUAUAAAUACAUUUAAUCAUAAGCUUGUUUUGUACAUAGUAAUGUUAUUUUAAAGUAAUUUUAUUGUAUUGUUUUUCUUUGAAAAUUUUAAACUUGUUACGGUUUUAAUCUAUAGGUAUUUAUAUAAUUCUAUGAUAAUUAAUACCUUUAAGAAUCAUAAUAAUAUUUUAGAUUCAUUACUGUUCACCCACAAACAUUAAUAAGGUGCCUGUCGUUUUUGUAUGUACAAAUAACUAUUUUGGUACACUUUUAAGCAAACAUAAUCACUAAUUGUAUACAAGGAAUUACUGAGUAAAGUAGUUAAGUGUUAUGUGGUAAUAGUAGUAAAUUUUUAUACUGAAAUGCAGCUUCACUUGCAUUUAAGUAAUUAGUUGUUAUUUUCUUCCCUCGAGUGGCAAGUACUGAAAAUGAUUGCACUCUUUGGAACUGAAAGUUUACAAUCUUCCAACGGUACAGAUAAGAGAGCGUUCAGGUUUUAAAAGGAAUGUACCGUGAUUAAACGUAGCAUUGCUGACUUUCGAUUGCAGUAAAAUUAAUUUACCAAUAAUGAUAGUACAAAUAAAAAUGUAUGUUUACAGUUUUCAAAGAAUUAAUAUGUACUAAUGUAGAUUUAAGUGUUGUUUGAUGGCUGUAAAUAGUGUAACGUAACAUUUAAAUAUCACGGUAUUAAUGAUUCCUUGCAUUUGUAAAAUUUAGAAUUUUGUUUAAUGUUAUACUUGCAUGAUUAAAUUUAUUUUAUAUGUCAAUCUGCCCUAUUCAUUUAUAUUUUAAAACUACCAUUAUACUGAUAUGUUAGACGUUUCUUGAUUAUUAUGCUAAAAUUACUGUUGAUGUAAUAAGUUUUAGAAUUAAAUGUAUUUUAGCUUUUUUCACCUAAUUUGUAUCGAAAUAAACGUUUACACCUUCAACUUAUGAGUGUAUCUGUGGAGACGCAGGCGUCUCUGUUAACCAAUGAAUGAAUUGUAAUAUUUGUUAUUAUCUUGGAUGUUUGAUGUUCUACUAUUUAAUAAUGUAAAAAUGAUAAAAACCUUGAUAACAUGCAGAUAUAAUCAUACAGCUGGCUACAUUUAUUUGUAUACAAAGUUGGUGCUAUUUAGAAAAGAAUUAUGACAUUGCUGAUUGCAGAAAAGGUACUGGUUCUGAACUUAAGUUAAAAGUUAAUAAACCUUACAUUCAGUGUAUUAAAUUAUAUUUUGUUUGUUCAUAAGGUGUACAAUUAUAACCAUACCAAAGCAGAGUAAAUUUGUCAUCUUUUUAUGGCAAAGUAUAUUAUCAGUCUUCCAUGUUAACAUAUGUAUAAAGAAAAUUUGCAUGAACCUAUCUUCAACCCACAAUUUAUUGUCAACAUUAGGCCUAUAAGUUACAAAGAAGUUAUAUAAAUUUAUUAUUUUUAUAGCAUUAGGCCUAUAAGUUGCAAAGAAGUUCAAUCAAUUUAUUGUUUUUAUAAACAGUUGUUGAUUGUUUUUAAGCUUUGAUAUGAUACUUUUGUAUGCAGAAUUAUAUGUUCAGUUGUUGUAUGAAAACUUAAUAAAUGUUUAAAUCACUGUUAGAAACACCUUAAACAUAUCAGUAGCUAUAACUCAUGAAGAAAAAAUUGUUUCGUGUCUUGAAAACUCUUAUUGUGUCCCAAGUUGGAGGUAAUAGUUUUGACUUUUGUGCCUUGAAUUUGUGCUUUGCUAACUCAUUUGGAUGAACAAUUAAAUAUUUGACCAUCUGCUUUAA